CGGAAACAGGAAGCUAACACAGGUGCGAAAAUCGACUCGCCCAACGGAACAAACAGGUAGACAUAACAAAAUGGCUAUGGUAAGGGGAAGAAGAGAUUGGGGAGCAGACUCGAAUGUGGGUGGAUCUGUGGUUACAGAUGCCACCACGACAGCAUCAGAAAGGAGACGAAUUCGAGAAGCAGGUUUAGGCUAUGUAUAUUGGUUCUCCUACAUGUGUGCACUCGCUUCCCUGUUGCUGGUCUUCAUAGCGUUUGCAUCGCCGUAUUGGUUCAAAUCUUGGGGAAGGGUUCACAGCCCGCUCGCCAAUGUAGGCAUGUGGCAAAUUUGUCUAUCAGGCUGGGUGAAACCAAGAGAUCCUAAUUUGAGGUCAUACGUAGGAUGCUGGUGGAUACACUCUACUUUCUUUGAGGAGGUUUUUGACGACAUUAUGCCGCCAUGGUUCCGUGCUGUCCAGGCACUGGUCAUCUUCACCCUGCUGUGCUGUAUAGCCGUUGUCUUCCUUAUGAGUUCCUACAUGUGCGAGUCCGUCAGGAUCAAAUACUACGAGCCACGAAAACUCAGGUUGUUUGUCAUCACUGCUGUUCUCUUCUUCGCUUCAGGCGUUCUGGUACUUAUCUGCUCGCUGGUGUUUGCCAUGAAGGCCAAAGAUCCCAACUGGAUGCCCAGACCGUGGCUGAGUUACUUCUCGUUUUCGUUCGGAUUCUACGUCCUGUCUGGGUUUUUCUCGGCAUUUGGUGGGCUCGCAGCUUUCAUCAAAUCUACAGACAUUCGUAAAAAGAAGAAGAGAGGCACGGCACGCGUCGUUGACAAACAUCGUCCCCCUCCCCCUCCGGCAGCAAGUGCACUAGGGAUGGAAAGCACUGCCACAGGAAAAUCAGAAUCUUUCGUUUGAGUGCUGCACAUAUAUCAAUUUAAUCUUAUGUAUUCUACUUGUAUUUAGGUGAAGUUUUCUUCAAAUUUUAUUGGCUUCCUGAAAAAAAGAAAUACAGACACUUGGACUUUGUAGUCAUUCUGGUAGUGGGUAUUGUCAAACAUUGUCUUUUAGCAGAGGUACAAAAAAAAUAUUUCAUCAUUAUAGAUGUUGAUAAACAAUAUUAUAAACCCAGUCAAAUAUGACAGGCAAAAUUAUCACUGGGAGAAUAAAAUAUAUGAAUUUUAACAGCGAAAGUUUGACUGGGCGAAAGUAUCUUGGCGUACAGUACAUUUUAUAAUGUACACCUGAUGUAAAUGUCUUGACAUUUGUAAGGUACAUUUUUUUUUAUAUAUCGUUUAAACCUUGCAAUAAAUAUUAUUUGAAACACCAUACAAAAUAUUAUAUACCGUGCAUUAAAGUAUUUUCAGUUAGAAUUAAGGAAAGCAGAACCACAGUAUCUGUUAGAAUUGUGAAGGAAAUUCCAUUUUUUUUAUAUAUUUUUUAGUAUUCUCCUUCUAUAAAGGACACAAAACAACCAUAUUAAGCUUUUCUGGCAAAGAUGAACUUCCCCGUCAAGCUAUGUACCUGUCAAUGUAUAGACUUUGCCGUCCAUAAAUUAGGCUCUUAUUUUUUCCGUGUGAUUCAUUUAUGAUUCAAAUUCCUGUAUAGAAAGUGCAUCAUUGGUAAAAUUUCUAAUGUUAAAAUCCUUAGUAUGAACUAUGCAGUUUUUUGGGGGUGUUCCUCCGCCCCCUUUUUCAAUUCAAAAUAAGCUCCAUAAAAUGCACUACAGUAUGUGCUGUUAUAAAAAAUCUUCAAAAAUUUCAAAUGAUUGAUAGUUUCAAGAGUAUUGACGUAAGUUAAAUGUGAAAUGCCUAAAAUACUCUUGUUUUGUUAAGAAAUACAAUUGAUUUUGUAUUUUUACCGUUAUUGUCAUGAUCGGGUCCAAAUUUUAAUGGAAUUUUGAAAAA